AUGUCUGAAUCAUGCAGUGAGGGGUGCGCUGUGGGCUGCAAGCAUUGUUGGCCGUACAUUCAGCACGUGAGGGGCUGCGGCGGUGUGUGUAGCGUAGCAUUGUGCCUGACUGGGCAGUGCAGCAUUUUACUGUACGCAGGGCACGCCGUGCUAUUGUCUUUGGGCGUGGGAGAAGCGUGCCGUUGGCAGGACCAUUUGCUGAGGGCUGCCGCGGGUGUUUUCCCAUUGCCGCGCACACGCGAGAUGACAAGCUGCAUUUGGGCUUCAGCCUGUGCAUCAUGCACUGGACGUGGUUGUUUUUUCUCUUUUUUUUGUAUUGUUUGCUCUGCUUUGCGGCAGCGUUGUUGGAAGUUUAUGUGCAUGCGUUUCUGGAAUGCAGCAGUUGUGUUGGGCCUUGCUGCAAUUCAGGUGUGCGCUGACGCAUGCUUCUGGUCGUGUGUAGUCGCGGGGGUCUGGGUGAAAUUCCCAGGCCCAAACUACGGUGCAGCGGGACGCGUGUGGUUUAACCUCGUUGUGCGUGUUUUUUUGCUGUAA